ACGCGGGCGAAGUUCUCGCGCAGCCGGCUGGCCGCGGCCGGGGCCGGUCCCGGCGGGCGGCGGCGGCGGCGGGUGCUCGGAGCCGGGCGGGGCGGCGGCGGCGGCGGCGGCGCGGGGACGCGCGCUGUCUCUUUAAGGGAGCUCGGUCUGGGGUGGCGCUUUCCUCCGCGAAGGCUCCUUUGAUAUUAAUAGUGUUGGUGUCUUGAAACUGACGUAAUGCGCGGAGACUGAGGUCCUGACAAGCGAUAACAUUUCUGAUAAAGACCCGAUCUCACUGCAAUCUCAAGCGUCCUCUUGUUUGGUGCUGCUCGUUCCUCCAGACCCCGCGUCCUCUCGAUCGCGCUCUCGCCUUCCCAUUAUUAUUUUAUUUUAUUUUUUUUUAAACAAAAAACAACACCCCCUCCCCUCUCCCACCCGGCACCGGGCACAUCCUUGCUCUAUUUCCUUUCUCUUUCUCUUGCUCUCUCUCUCUUUUUUUUAUAAAAGGGGGGAGGGAAGGAAAAGGGGGGGAGGCAGGAAAGACCUUUCUCUCCCCCCCCACCACCCCCCCAAAUAAUCCAAGAUCAACUCUGCAAACAACAGAAGACGGUUCAUGGCUCUGGCCGCCGCGCCACCAUCUUUCGGGCUGCGGAGGGUGUUCUUGACGAUUAAUCAACAGGCCUCAUAAUUGAUAACUAGGCAAGUUUUUGAGUCAGAGCGAUGGAUCUUUAAUGAUGAACCCAAAGUAUGAUAGGAUAUUCAUCCUUGCCCUAUUUUGGACAAUCACGGCGAGACUUUUCAGGGAGAUGUACAGAUCAGCUCUCAAAAUGUCUUCUGUGUCUUCCGAGCGUCUUCUCAGACAGUUGCGUUAGCCUCCUGCUAGUUGACUAAUAGGAUUAAUACUUGUAGAAAGCAUUCUAAAGCCACAUGCCUUAUGAAGUCAGUGCUGGGUAUGACUUUACAAAUAUGGUCCGGAAAAAGAACCCCCCACUGAGAAACGUUGCUAGUGAAGGCGAGGGCCAGACCCUGGAGCCUAUAGGUACAGAAAGCAAGGUAUCAGCAAAGAACAAAGCAUUUUCUGCAGAUCAGAUGUCAGAAAAUACGGAGCAGAGUGAUGCUGCAGAACUAAAUAAUAAGGAGGAACAGAGCUUGCAUGUUCAAGAUCCAUCUUCCAGCAGUAAGAAGGACUUAAGCUCAGUCCUGAGUGAGAAGCCUGGCUUCAAUUAUGAAAGCCCAAGUAAGGGAGGAAACCUUCCCUCCUACCCACAUGAUGAGGUGACAGAUAGAAAUAUGUUGGCUUUCUCAGCUCCAGCUGCUGGGGGAGUCGGUGAGCCCUUGAAGUCUCCUCAAAGAGCAGAGGCAGAUGACCCUCAAGAUAUGGCCUGCACCCCAUCCGGGGACUCCUUGGAGACGAAGGAAGACCCUAAGAUGUCACCAAAGGCUGCCGAGGAAACAGGGCAAGCGCAGAGUGGUCAAGCCAAUUGUCAAGGCUCGAGCCCAGUUGCAGUGGCCUCCAAAAACCCACAAGUGCCUUCAGAUGGGGGUGUGAGACUGAAUAAAUCCAAAACUGAUUUAUUGGUAAAUGACAACCCAGACCCGGCACCUCUGUCUCCAGAGCUUCAGGACUUUAAAUGCAAUAUCUGUGGAUAUGGUUACUAUGGCAACGACCCCACAGAUCUGAUUAAGCACUUCCGAAAGUAUCACUUAGGACUGCAUAACCGCACCAGGCAGGAUGCUGAGCUGGACAGCAAAAUCUUAGCCCUUCAUAACAUGGUGCAGUUCAGCCAUUCCAAAGACUUCCAGAAGGUCAACCGCUCCGUGCUUUCUGGUGUGCUGCAGGACAUCAACUCUUCAAGGCCUGUUUUACUAAAUGGGACCUAUGAUGUACAGGUCACUUCAGGUGGAACAUUCAUCGGCAUUGGACGGAAAACACCAGAUUGCCAAGGCAACACCAAGUACUUCCGCUGUAAAUUCUGCAAUUUCACUUACAUGGGCAACUCGUCAACUGAACUAGAACAACAUUUUCUUCAGACUCACCCGAACAAAAUCAAAGCUCCUCUCCCCUCCUCUGAGGGUGCCAAGCCUUCAGAGAAAAACUCUAACAAGUCCAUCCCUGCGCUUCGAUCCAGUGAUUCUGGAGACUUGGGAAAGUGGCAGGACAAGAUCACGGUCAAGGCGGGCGAUGACACUCCUGUUGGCUACUCAGUGCCCAUCAAGCCCCUUGAUUCCUCGAGACAGAAUGGUACAGAGGCCACCAGCUACUACUGGUGUAAAUUUUGUAGUUUCAGCUGCGAGUCAUCUAGCUCACUGAAGCUGCUAGAACAUUAUGGCAAGCAGCACGGAGGAGCGCCAUCCGCCGGCCUGAACCCAGAAUUGAACGACAAGCUUGCCAGGGGCUCCGUCAUUAAUCAGAAUGACUUGGCCAAAAGUGCAGAAGGGGAGCCCAUGACCAAGGCAGAGAAGGGCUCCGGCGGGACUAAAAAGAAGGACUUCCCCAGCAAGGGGGCGGAGGAGAACGUGGUGACCAGCUACAACUGUCAGUUCUGCGACUUCAGAUAUUCCAAAAGCCAUGGCCCCGAUGUCAUUGUCGUGGGGCCACUCCUCCGUCACUAUCAGCAGCUCCACAACAUCCACAAGUGUACCAUCAAGCACUGUCCAUUCUGUCCCAGAGGCCUCUGCAGCCCCGAAAAGCACCUUGGAGAAAUCACUUACCCGUUCGCCUGCAGAAAAAGUAAUUGUUCCCACUGCGCGCUCUUGCUUUUGCACUUGUCUCCUGGGGCGGCCGGGAGCUCGCGAGUCAAACACCAGUGCCACCAGUGUUCGUUCUCCACCCCCGACGUGGAUGUGCUCCUCUUUCAUUACGAGAGCGUUCACGAGUCCCAGGCAUCCGACGUCAAACAGGAAGCCAACCAUCUGCAAGGAGCAUCGGACGGGCCGCCGGCUGUCAAGGAAAGCAAGGAACACUCAUGUACCAAAUGUGAUUUCAUUACCCAGGUGGAAGAAGAGAUUUCCCGACACUACAGGAGAGCGCACAGCUGCUACAAAUGCCGCCAGUGCAGCUUCACCGCGGCCGACACGCAGUCACUACUGGACCACUUCAACACUGUUCACUGCCAGGAGCAGGACAGCACUACAACCAACGGAGAGGACGACGGGCAGGCCGUCUCCACCAUCAAGGAGGAGCCCAAGAUUGACCUCAAGGUCUACAGUCUGCUCAGUCCAGACUCUAAGUUGGGAGAGCCCGUUCCCGAGAGUGUGGUGAAGAGGGAGAAGCUAGAAGACAAGGACGGGCUCAAAGAAAAAGUGUGGACCGAGAGCCCCAGCGAUGACCUUCGCAGCAUGGCUUGGAGAGGGGCAGACAUCCUCCGGGGCAGCCCGUCCUUCACUCAGACAAGCCUGGGGCUCCUGACACCGGCGUCUGGCCCCCAAGAGCAGACCAAGACUCUCAGGGACAGCCCCAACGUGGAAGCUGCCCACCUGGCCCGCCCUAUGUACGGCCUGGCUGUGGAGACCAAGGCGUUCCUGCAGGGGGUGCCGGCAGGCGGAGAGAAGUCCGGGGCCAUCGCCCAGCAGUACCCUCCAUCUGCAGAAAACAAGUCCAAGGAUGAGUCCCAGUCCCUGUUACGGAGGCGUAGAGGCUCGGGUGUUUUCUGUGCCAAUUGCUUGACCACAAAGACCUCUCUCUGGCGAAAGAAUGCAAAUGGCGGAUAUGUAUGCAACGCGUGUGGCCUCUACCAGAAGCUUCACUCGACUCCCAGGCCUUUAAACAUCAUUAAACAAAACAACGGUGAGCAGAUUAUUAGGAGAAGAACAAGAAAGCGCCUUAAUCCAGAGGCACUUCAGGCUGAGCAGCUCAACAAACAGCAGAGGGGUGGCAGUGAGGAGCAAGUCAACGGAAGCCCCUUAGAGAGGAGGUCAGAAGAUCAUUUAACGGAAAGUCACCAGAGAGAAAUUCCACUCCCGAGCCUGAGUAAAUAUGAAGCCCAGAGUUCAUUGACUAAAAGCCAUUCUGCUCAGCAGCCAGUCCUGGUCAGCCCAUCUCUGGAUAUCCACAAAAGGAUGCAACCUUUGCACAUUCAGAUAAAAAGCCCUCAGGAAAGUACUGGAGACCCAGGAAAUAGUUCAUCUGUUUCGGAAGGGAAAGGAAGUUCUGAGAGAGGCAGCCCCAUAGAAAAGUACAUGAGACCUGCAAAACACCCAAAUUACUCACCACCAGGCAGCCCCAUCGAAAAGUACCAGUACCCCCUUUUUGGACUCCCCUUUGUACAUAAUGACUUCCAGAGUGAAGCUGACUGGCUGCGGUUCUGGAGUAAAUAUAAGCUCUCCGUUCCUGGGAACCCGCACUACUUGAGUCAUGUGCCUGGCCUACCAAAUCCUUGCCAAAACUAUGUGCCUUAUCCCACCUUCAAUCUGCCUCCUCAUUUUUCAACUGUUGGAUCAGACAAUGACAUUCCUCUAGAUUUGGCGAUCAAGCAUUCCAGACCUGGGCCGACUGCAAACGGUGCCUCCAAGGAGAAAACGAAGGCACCGUCAAGUGUAAAAAAUGAAGGUCCCUUGAAUGUAGUAAAAACAGAGAAAGUUGAUAGAAGUACUCAAGAUGAACUUUCAACAAAAUGUGUGCACUGCGGCAUUGUCUUUCUGGAUGACGUGAUGUAUGCUUUGCAUAUGAGUUGCCAUGGUGACAGUGGACCAUUCCAGUGCAGCAUAUGCCAGCAUCUUUGCACGGACAAAUAUGACUUCACAACUCAUAUCCAGAGAGGCCUGCAUAGGAACAAUGCACAAGCAGAAAAAAAUGGAAAACCUAAAGAGUAAAACCUUAGCACUUAGCACAAUUAAAUAGAAAUAGGUUUUCUUGAUGGGAAUUCAAUAGCUUGUAAUGUCUUAUGAAGACCUAUUAAAAAAAUACUUCAUAGAGCCUGCCUUAUCCAACAUGAAAUUCCCUUCUCUUAUGAUUCUUUCUUUUGAUGAGUAGGUUACCAAGAUUAAAAAGUGAGACUAAUGGUCAGUGAGAAAAAAGAAAGGAAGAUGGUAAAUAGUCACGAACCUCGUAGGUCAAAAUCAUCUUGGUGAAUGUGUACUGUGGCAAUGAUCCAUAAGAAGUACCACCAGACUAUAAUUAUUAGAUUUGUAAAGAAAGAGAUCAGAGCUGUCUGGAAUUUGAAAGGGUUUACAUACCAUGAGUCUAAAGCAGUGUUGGGCUGGCCAUUGGCCCAUGUAUUCAAAAACCCAUAAAAUGUUGCCUAAAUUUAGAAGUAGCAUGAAAUCCUAGGCGGAGCAGGAAAAAAAUCUAAUCUCCGGGGCUGUGAAAGGAAAAUGGCGCCCUCUUAGAUCAGUCUCCUCUCAUUGACAAUGUUUCAGAAUUAGACCUAGAAAUGUGAGCUGCGGUGAGGCUUGGUGAGAGAUUGGCAAGAAUGUGACAGCCGAUGGCACGAUGCUUUUGGCCAGCCCUGCCUGUACAUACACAUGCACACCCUCUCUUGAUAUUUUUGUCCUUUAGAUGUUCGAAUACGCCUUUUGAAAGUAGUCCUUUUGUUUGCCAUUUAGGUUCAUUUUGUCCAAAUAUAUAUGCAUUUUUAAAACCAAUGUCCUCAGUGCUUACGUAGUAAUUUUCAUUGUAGCCAGAUAUUUCUUUCUUGUACGCGAUGAACCAGUGUGGAUUUGUUUUUUGAAGCCGCCUCUUGGUCACUAAUCUCACUUGGCACAUGAUAACUAAAGGGAUCCCCUCACUUCAAAAGACUAGAUGGAUACAAAAGUUUAGACCAUGGGCUUAAUUCGUUUAGAACACAUGGUAUUUCUCCACAAGGUAACCUGCUGUAUUUAUUUAUUUUCUUUCGGUUAAAUAUAAUUUCCAAACUUUGUGGUCAGGCAGUGUCUAAGGUCACGUUACCACAGACUGACGGUGUGUGUACCAAUCAAUUCCUUCAUUAGAUUUAUACAGGUUUAGUUAAGUAGCAUUAAAUAGGAUAGGAUUCUUAGAAGUAUGUCUUCAUAUUUCUUUUAAUACUUAAGGCUUUGUAAAACUAUCCAUGAAGGGAAAGCUCCUCAGCAUAACUGCUCAGGGAAAUAGGGCUAAAUAACUGAACAUUAAAUAAUUGGUUAAAGGUGCUGUUAGUCGAGCCUCAAUGCUUGCUACAAGGAUGUAUGUACAAGGACUGACUUUAAUAAUUUGCAUUAUAUUGUCCCAACCAGUAGUUUAUUUUUUGCCACAGAGAUGUAGAAGAUAUUACAAGCUACUGGAUGCACUGUCAGAUUAACUUAUUUCAUUAAAGAAGUUGGGAGAACAAAUAGGAAAAAAAAACUUAUUUUUCUAGUAAAUAUUAAUGUAUUACAUUUCAAAUAAUGGUGCCUGACAUAUUGAAUAAUUAUUUUCUACAGUGUACGUAUGCAACAAAGAUAUUCCAUCAUGCAUUAGAGUCAGUUCUGGCUCUGCCUAGCUGUUUACAUUUGCAAAUGUAGCAAACAAGGUAAUGAAGCAACUAUUUCUAUUGCGGUAGAUAUCUUUUUGUGUGUGUGUGUGUGUGUGUGUGUGUGUGUGUGUGUAUGUGCGUGCGCAUUAAAAUUGUAAACGGUAACAUGAAACAAAUGAAAGUUCUUGAUAUAAUGGUAUGGAAAACAAGAAGGAAAUGAAAAUAUUUUUAUGCCUACUUAGAAAAAAAAAAGGGUAGCACUAUUCAUUCCAAGUACUUUUUUUUUAAUUUUUAAGCUCUUAACUCACAUUGUUAUGCUUAAAAUGAUAAACAUAUAUCCUCUUUUUAUUGCUUUGUCUAUGUUUCAGAUGAAACAUUUCAGAAAUUAUUUUGAUGAGUGCUGCUGGAACCUGCAGCACUGAUGUUUUUAUUGCAUUCUUGUAGUCGCAUUUGCACUCCGUUUUUUACAUUAAUUCGCAGUUGCUUUGUAUUGUUUUGUUCUGUUUUGUUUUGGGUUUUGUUUCUUUUUCUCAAUGCCAGGUCUUCGGUUUUUAGAGUUGGAUGGCAGGCUGAGUUCAACCAGUUCGUGACUGUUGUAGUGAAUGAAGUUAAACAUGUCUUUCUGAUGUUGUGUUGUCAUUUCCAUUCUUGCAUUUUCGUUUUCAUGUAAAGAGAGACAGAGAGAGA